AUGUGAAGCACACGUGUCACUAAAGAGAUCGAAAGAUCUACGGAGAGUCCGUCAGCCCCUGUGUGAGACUGCAUUUCCCUUUCCAGCCUGAAAAACUCGCCGCGAUUCGAACCGCCGAUUAAGCUCUCUGGCCGGUUCUCGUACACUGAGCCACAAUGGAGGUAGUUUGUCUUAACACUGAGCCAGUGUUUGAUGAAGACGAUGAAUAUGAGGAUGAAGGAGAUUGUUCCCUGAUGGAACACGAUGAUGAAAUUGGUGAAACACAGUCAAAGAAGGAACCUCCACCACCUACUGUAGGUUUGGAGUUUGAUUCUUUUGACGAAGCUUAUGAUUUUUACAACGUCUAUGCUAAGGGACAAGGUUUUGGCAUCAGAGUGAGCAAUUCAUGGUUUCGAUCAAAGAGAAAAGAACGGUAUAGGGCAAAACUUAGCUGCAGUAGUGCAGGUUUCAAGAAAAAGAGUGAAGCAAACAAUCCCAGACCAGAAACAAGGACUGGUUGUCCUGCAAUGAUUAUCAUUAGGCUUGUCGAUUCUAAGAGGUGGAGAACAAUUGAAGUUGAGCUUGAACACAACCAUCCCGUGAGUCCAGAUGUUAAACGGUUUUACAAAUCACACAAAAAGAUGAUUAUUGCAGCCAAAAAGGCACAGCAGUCAGAACCUACUACAGAAAUACAUACUAUAAAAUUGUACAGAACUGCUGCUGUGGAUGCUGUAUGUAAUGGAUACUCUAAUGUUGAUGAAAGAGAAGGCAGAAGUCCCAUUAAUCACUCUAAGCAUUUGCAACUUAAAGAAGGGGAUGCACAUGCAGUCUAUAACUACUUCUGUCGAAUGAAGUUGACAAAUCCAAACUUCUUUUAUUUGAUGGAUCUUGAUGAUGAAGGGCGAUUGAAGAAUGUGUUUUGGGCUGAUGCCAGAUCCAGGGCUGCGUAUAGCUACUUUUGUGACACAAUUGCAAUUGACACGACAUGCUUGGCAAACAAAUUUGAGAUCCCUCUUAUUUCAUUUGUUGGUGUAAACCAUCACGGGCAAUCCAUUUUGUUGGGAUGUGGCUUCCUUGGACACGAGUCAGUAGAGUGUUUUGUCUGGAUUUUUAGGGCAUGGCUUGCAUGUAUGCUAGGACAUCCUCCACAGGUUGUCAUUACUGAUCAGUCCAAGCCCUUGCAAAAUGCAGUUUCAGUGGUCUUCCCAGAAGCUCAUCAUUGUUAUUGUUUGUGGUACAUCAUGCAACGUGUUCCUGAGAAGUUGGGCGGACUGAAGGGAUUUGAAGCAAUCAAAAGACAACUAAAUAAAGCAGUUUAUGACUCCUUGAAGAUAGCUGAGUUUGAAACUUCUUGGGGUGGUUUGAUUGAAUGUCAUGGGCUUGGCGAUCAUAAAUGGCUUCAAGCAUUGUAUGAAGAUCGUCAAAGAUGGGUUCCAGUUUACUUAAAAGACAUUCCUUCUGCAGGGAUGAUACCCAUAAAAGAAAACGAGGGCUUGACUGCAUUUUUUGAUGGUUAUGUACAUAAACAUACAUCAUUUAAGGAAUUUGUAGAUAAGUAUGAUCUAGCUCUCCAAAGGAAGCACCUCAAAGAAGCCAUGGGGGAUUUGGAGUCUAGAAAUUCAAGCUUGGAAUUGAAAACAAGAUGCAACUUUGAGUUGCAACUCUCUAAGGUGUAUACAAAAGAAAUCUUCAAGAAGUUUCAAGCUGAGGUUGAGGGGAUGUACUCAUGCUUCAACACAAAGCAGGUGAGUGUCAGUGGGCCAAUAAUAACAUAUGUGGUCAAAGAACGCGUUGAAGUUGAGGGGAGCGAAAAGGAGGUUAGGUAUUAUGAGGUUUUGUAUGAGACAACUCAAGUGGAUAUCCGUUGCAUUUGUAGUUUGUUCAACUUUAAAGGUUACCUUUGCCGGCAUGCACUGAAUGUCCUUAACUACAAUGGUGUCGAAGAAAUACCUUCACGAUACAUUCUACUGCGUUGGUGUAAGGAUUUUAAGCGCAGAUAUCUUAUAGAUUGUGACGCUAAUGAUGAUAAUGUGGAUAACCCAUUGCAGUGGUAUAAUCAUCUGUAUAGACGUGUCAUUCAAGUUGUCGAAGAAGGGGCACAAUCUCAAGAACAAUAUAAGGUUGCCUUGCAAGGAUUAGAGGAGUUGUUGCACAAGUUUAGUCUUGCUGAAGACAACUUAUUUUGAUGGUAAAAUUAUGCAGUGUGGUAACUUGUAACAAUAACUUCUCUAAUUUUGUUAUAAUGACAGUUGAUGCUCCCUCUCUCUCUCUCUCAUACACAGAUAUAGUGGUGGAGAAUGCUCUAAUCGGGAAUGUAUGCCUGAUUCGAUUGGAUUUAUUAUGCUAGCAGCAGAAUAUAAAAACUGCAGGUACAGGUCGUACUCUGUUAUCCAUUGUAGUAAAUGAAAACUGUACAAUGGUGGUAUAGUUCGACCAAUUUUUGGUGUGGUUCACUUUUUUGGAAUCUAAAAGCCAAAUAGGACAUAGUAGGGAGACAGUUGUGCAGGAGGAUGACAUGUUUUCGCUGUUUCAAUUCUUUUGCUAAUCUUCAUAAAAGCUGUUUCUUAGUAGAACCCUUGAUGAGAGAGAGAGAGAGAGAGAGAGAGAGAGGGAGAGAUGCUAUGUCUGAAUCACUGUCAUAUUCUGCUGAAUUAUGAAUAUCUGCGGGAUGCUAUGUAUGAAUCACUGUCAUAUUCUGCUGAAUUAUGAGUAUCUGCGGGACUAUAUUUGG